AUAUCUAGAUCUUUCAACACGUUUUCCUUUCCCAAUGCAUCUCCAUGUUAUUAUUUGUUACUUCUAUUUUAAUAUUAUUUUUCUUAGUAACUUCUAUUAUACUCCAUUAUACCUUUAUAAAAUAAACUGUCUUCAUCCUAAUUUUUCCAUCUUCUUUUGUCUCUCUUAUUCUCUCUUUCUUUCUCAAUGACAAACAAGGGUAUGAGUGUAGAUCGUGAUCAAUCUGUCAAUGCCAAUUUCAUGUGGGAAAAUCAACCCUGGGGUGAUCAUAGAAAUUCAGAAAACAUAGGUGAGAGUAGCAAACAAAAGUUAGAUAAGAAACCAAUGAAUAAAAAAGAAGGUAUUAAUGAAGGAGGAGUUUUCAUGAAUAGAAAACGAAGUCGAGGUGGAGUUGUGAUUAGAACAGAGAACAACAUUACAAAUGCAGAAGACAAAGAUGGAAAGUACCGCAACUCUAAUAAGAAAAUGCAUAUAUUGACUGAGAGAGAAAGGAGAAAGAAAAUGAAGAAUAUGUUCGCCAACCUUCAUGCCUUACUUCCUAAAUUGCCUUCUAAGGCUGAUAAAUCAUCAAUUGUGGAUGCGGCAGUGAUAGAAAUUAUCAAUUUAAAAAAAGUUGUUGAACAACUAGAAAAAAAGAAGCAGGAAAAGCUCAAAUUUGUAUCCAAAUUUGGGACUGAGUCAUCAUUUAAGAGGAACUCACACUGGCAUCCCCAUGAAUCAGGGGAAGCAAUUGUAAAUGUUCAAAGAUCCUUAAGUUAUAAUAAUAACUUUCCUACUCACGCAAUAGAGUCUUCACCACAACAAGUAGGUUUCCAAACAUGGUAUACUCAAAAUGUUGUCUUGAACAUUUGUGGCGCUGAAGCACAAUUUUGCAUUUGUACACCUAAAAAGUCGUGUCUCUUAACAACAAUUACUUCUAUGUUGGAGAAAUAUACGAUUGAUGUUGUAUCUGCAAACAUUAAGUUCAAUGAAAAUGGACAUUUCUACCUGAUUCAAAUUCAAGCGAAACAACGUUCACAUGACACAAAUUCAAUGGAGGAAACUUACAUGCAAGCGGCUAGAGAAAUUCAAAUGUGGAUCUCUUAAAACUUUUAUUAAAAUUUGGCUUAUGAUUCUAUAUGAAUUUUAAUUUAGUUUUUUCUCCUUCAAAAAACAUUUAGAAAUGUCAAACUUGUAGGAUGGUCUUAAGAGAACAAUGUAUAAUUGUUUAUUUGUAUGGAAUUGUGGUGUUUUUAUUGUAUGGCUUUUGAAGUACAAA